AUGCUGCUCUCCAAGCAGUGGAGCCGAGUUGUGGGCGGAGUUCUUGCCAUUGCAGUCUUCCUCUUGAUCUUCAACUUCCUGGACACCAAACCAUACACCGAUUACUGGAAAGCCAAGACCUCCUCGGCCAGCACGACCGCCCAGGCACAGAGCCUCCUCAAGCUUCCAUAUCGACCGCAGGACGAGGAUCACGAGCGCGAGCACAAGUUGCCAGAGCAGUCGCAAGAGGACCGAAUCGCAGACUUGACGGGGAGCCAGGAGCAUAAGUUGCCGUAUAGGCCGCAGACCGAAGAACAGGAUGUUGGGAAAGACUUUGAGGAGAAGGCCGACGCAAUCAAGGGCAUCGGGUCAACGAACGCGCAUCCACAGGCGCCGCCGUCGUAUGAGCCAGGCCUAGACCUGCCAUACCGACCUCAGGCCGAGCAACAGGAAGGAUCGCCGGGUCAUGAUGCCACAGCGAAAGUAGAACAGUACAAGUCGAGGACGACUACGGCGGCUCCUUCCCACGCUGCUGGCCUGCCGCCGGCAGAAUUACUGACAGCAACAUCAACGGCAAACGUUUCAGCAACUUCAGCGAUAUCCCCCACAAGCACUGCCUUUAGAAAGGCCGUAGUAAUGGGCAAGACCACCGAAGAAGACACGGACUGGGUGAAGCAGAACCUCCCAGACUGGGAAGCAGCCAUCUAUGCCGUGGAUCUCGAAGCCAAUGUUACUUCUCCUACCGGCUUCCGAACCAAGAUCAACAAAGCACGCGAGACGAUGCCCUACCUCACCUACAUGGCCGAAAACUACGAUGACUUCCCCGACGUCGCCGUUUUCAUCCACGCCCAUCGCAAAGGCUACCCCAAAGCCUGGCACAACGACGCAAAAGGCUACGACGUCGUGAACAUGCUGAACGAACUCCGACUGGACGAAGUCCAGCGACGAGGCUACGCAAAUCUGCGCUGUAUAGACUUCCCCGGCUGUCCCGACGAAGUCCAACUCAACCGCAAAGACCACAAGAAAGAAACAGACACCAGAUAUCCAGAAGUCUACGGCGCUUUCUUCAACAUGACAGUCGAGGAAGUCAGAGAGCAGAUCCCUAUCAUCGCGACGCCAUGCUGUGCACAGUUUGCGAUUUCCAAGCAACAGUUGCACCGAAGGCCGAAAUCGGAAUACGAACGCUUCAUCAAAGUGAUUACGGAGAACCGUAUAGAUGACCAUACGCUCGGGACGAUUAUGGAAUACAUGUGGCAUCUGAUGUUUUAUCAGGACGCCAUCUAUUGCGACGACACGGCGCAUUGUUGGAAGACGCUCUACGGACGUCCGGAUGGUACGUGACCCAGUGCGAGUGCUUGCUGGUAUUUUUGCGCGUUGCUGCAGCUUGCGAUCGAUGCGUUGGUUUCUUGAUUACGUGUGAGAGAAAAGACGGAGGAUGUAUGAGUCUGCCGUGUGGCCCUUCUUGCGAGUUCUGCGCGUGCUUGUUGUUGCGGCUUGCGUUGAGGAAGAGUAGUUGACAUCUAACGAGAGCACAGGGUGGACGAAUGAAGAGUCUUCGGUCAAGUCCCUGGAGUCGGUUUAG